GUCGAUACAGAAAAGCUCCCGUAGAAGCCUGAGAGGCACGUCAAAAGCCUGGGAGGCACGUCAAAGUCGAGUGGAGAUCAUAGCGCAUCUGGCUGUGGCGUCGAUGAUUGUUAGGGACGGAGACACACGUUUAAUGGGGGAAUCUACACCAAAUGUACGAUCACAUGAUUGGCCCUGCACUGCUCGCUCGAACUGCCAAGCUACUUGAUGAUUGGUCGCGAUGUCCCACAGUUACGUCGCUUCCCGUUCCACCACAGCGUUCUGCCAUCUCCACACCUACUCUGCAAACCCUUUGCGGCGACCAUGCUGUGCAGACCGGGUUUCAGUGCGCGCGCAUGCUCAUGCGCAUGGUGCAGCCAUGGAGACCGCGUUUGCAGUUAUGGCGCGUGGCAGCACCUAAUCCCAUCCGUCACUUUCGCCCAAGGCAGGAGCGACUGCCCGCUUCCUACAUCCACAGAGUGCAAAUUGUCGCGCAAAAUCCCUGUGGAAGCACACAGCGGGAGACAUUGCACUCCCAGACGUCGGCAUCUUGCAGGUUAGAGCCCGCUUUCGAGGCAUUGGGAAGUGGCCAUUCCCGUGCCAGCCUCCAGCAAGCACACGCACAAACGCAUCGCAGGUAGGGUACCACAUUCUCUGUUAACCGCUGUUCCUUCAACGUAAUGUCCCUCCAUCCCGACCUGCCAUCCACCUUGACAUGCAGCAUAUGUUGCCGCACCAUCGAUCGAACGGAAAUAGUGCCGAGCAAGCCGCACGUGGCAUGACAUACUGCUGGCGACAAGCUUCGCUCGAGGAAAGAACGACACCGUCCCUU